GCAUGGCAGAGCUUAAAAGGGUAAAAGAAAUUAGUUGUGAGUCAAAUAGGUAGAAAAUCAGAGCUCAGAGACAAGAGUCUGCAUUCAUUCUAUGCUGCAUCCAAAUUCGAGAAUAAUGAGGACCCUGCUUGUGACUCUGGUUGUUGCCCUGCUGGUGAUGAGUGGUUCUACCCUGAAAUGUAACAGAUGUAUUAAUAAAGGAUGUUACAACACUGUUGAAACAUGCGCAUUUGGCAAUAAUGCCUGUAUUUCUGCUCUCUUCACCAGAUAUCCUUUCAACUAUUUCAGGAGAUGCAGCACAAUGACCGAGUGCCUGCUGUUGUCAAGAACUCCUGGCAUCAAUGCCGUAUGCUGUCAUACAGACCGUUGCAAUUAAGCCAUACGGAGUGCAAAGUGCUUGUGUGAUCUGCAGUGGGGAUAUGGCAAAUCAAAGAUAAAAAUGUCAAAUUAGUAAUAAAGGUGUGCUCAUGAAUGCAA